UAAUAAUACGUGAAAGCCUCAAUGAUUCUGUCAGCGAAGUACAAAAUGUAGAAAAUGAUUUGAAUUGCUUAAAAAGUGUAAUAUAAACUACAGCAAUAUGGAUAACAAAGUUUUGCGAUCGGUGCGACGUGAAAUGACACGGGAUGAGUGUAGAAAAUGUUUACGCUAUCUAGAAUUAGAUGCUUAUGGGAAUAUGGUAUCAGUUUUGCGUGCUCAAGGGCCUUUAACUAGUAACAAACAAAGAUUGCUGCAAGAACUUGCUAAAAUUCUUCAUAUAUCUAAUGAAAGACAUCGUGCGGAAGUACGUAGAGCUGUUAAUGAUGAAAAACUCACAAUGAUAGCUGAGCAGUUAAAUGGACCAAAUACUGCUAUAGACUGGAUCAUGGAAGGCCGUCGCUCAACUCCACUUUUACCUAGACUGAAAGCAAGAAAUGCUUUUACAAUGUUAGCAAACAGUCUAUCGCUUGCAACUUCGCGUGCUAAUGACAAUUGUCCGAUCGAAGAAAACAAGGAGGAAGAAAAAGAUGUACUAGAUGAAUCCAAGAUAUGUUUCAAAAUUGAAAAAAAGUCAACAAUUGAAGCAGGAUCAUGUAAUGCUCAAGGAACCAUCAACUGUAAGAAAAGAUCAAUACACGAAGCAAAUAAGGUACUAAAUAUUGACAAGGAUCAAGAAAAAAGGCCUAUAAAAAUCAAACAAGAUCUUUCCUCAUUUUCACCACCACAUAAGGUCUUGGUGUUAUCUUCUAAUUCAUUGGAGACAUUGAAUCAUGCUAAUGAGAAUGAAACAUCAAUUGAAGCUAAGAUGGAGCAAAGUGAAACAACUAUUACACCGCAUCCAGGUGUUACUAUUAUCCCACUAUCUGUAACAUGUGCAGGAUCUAGUCGAAUAGUAGCACCUUCUAAGGAUGUACUCUCAGAGAGUACAAAUACUUUGGUAUCAGUUCAUUCAAGUAUGAAUUGUAAUACCAAAGUUACUACAUGUGCAACUAAUUCCACCAAGAACAAAGAUAAAACAACAGUACAAAAUAAGCAUAAUACAAAAUUAUCAGUGAAUAUUGGAACAUUCGAUAGUUUACCACACACCAGAAAUAAUGAUACACAAUCAGAAAACCAAGAUAUACAAUUAGGUGCUCCAACUUCAAAACCUGAAGUAAUAAAUACCAGUCCUUGUGUAAAAAAUGUACCUUCGACAGUGCAAUCUAACGUGAAAACUGUUUCGUCUAUUAAAUCUGCUAUAUCAACUUAUGCACGAUUUACAGCUCCUGGAACUAUGGUAUCAAGCGGUCCUGGUCCACCUAGUGUUAAAUCUGUGGUAACAACAUUAGCAUGUAAAAAACUGCCAGUUGCGAUAAUCAAUCAAUCUACUGCUAAAAUGCGUGUGACAUUAAAUUCUGAUAAAACUGUAAAUAUAACUAAUCAUCCUAAUACAAAAUUAACGACUAAGACUAAUGUAAUAGUGAUACAAAAAGGAAGUAACAAAGGCAUAAUGCUGUCUCAUGCAGGCAAGGAAGUAUUAGGGAAAGUAAUAAUGGGAGGAAAGAAAUUAUCUGUUGCUAACCAACAAAAUUCAAGUACUGUUAACAUUUUGCCACAUUCUAUUAAUUUAGACAAUGGCAAUCAAGCACCAACAAUGUUAACAGCUACGCAUGUAGAUACUAUAAAAACAAGUAUAAAGGAAGGAGAUAGCAAUGAAGUGCAUUUAAAAAAUACUGGAUCUUCUUUGAAAACUAACAGUACGAUUACUACAUUAGAAGAAACAGUAUGUAGAAAAUCUAAAGAAGUCUGCAAAAAAAUUCAUUCCCAAGUAGAAAAUACUAUGGAUCUUACAAAACUUAAAAAAAAUGAAGAAGAUCAUACAAAUCAUAAGCUAUUUGCAGAUAUGCAAGAUAAUUCUCCAAGUAAUCUACAGAGAGAAGAUUCGAUAUGCGGUAUGGAGAUCAAUACCAGUAUAUUUGAAAAUGGAUUUCAAUCGACUGACAUUAACUUAGAAAAUUUUGAGUGCCUGGUUGAAAAUGGUGAUCAUAUCCCAGAAGAUAAAAACAAUGCGAUAUCUGUUACUUAUAAAACAAACCCGAGUGAUUCGUAGUAGUAGAUUAAGAUCUAAAAAAACAUUUUUCAAUGCUAUAAUAAAAAAAAAAAGGCUCAUGAUGAUUUAUAGUUUCGAAAACAUACAUUUUAUAUAAGAAUAUGUAUAUGUUCUAUUCAUAAAAUAUUUUAAUACUUUAAAAAUGAAAAAAAA